AACCAGCACCGUAGUCGAAAGGAAGUCCCGACCGUGUCACACCGUCAAUCCGUUCUCGACCGUUGAAGAAUAAUCCAACAAGUGUUCUCACCGCAUAUCCAGCCAAAAAAGUAAAAACUAUUCUCCAAAUAUCUUGUCGAAACGCGGUUGUAUUCAAAUUUUUUAUCGUCAUUUUUACAAUUCCGUCGUUCGGAUUCGGACUCUCGCAAUCAACCAGUGACACUAUCACUAGUACUCGUAUUUGUGCACAGCGUUUUUUUACAUACCUAAGUACCUACCUAUUCAGUGACGGCCAAUAUGAGAUUCGCGAUAAUUGGAUUCUUAGUGCUGGUGAUGGGCGCCGCCGUCAAAGCGCACAUACAUUUCAUAAGACUGGCUCUGCUGGCGGCCAUGGGACUGGCUGGCAUGUGGAUGAUGCACAAGCUCGCACAAGACUGGCACAAGAUUUCAUCCAGCAGGCCCGCCAAGCCAGCAGCCAUGGCCGGAAAGCUUUUGGGGCUCUGGAAGAGAUCUUUACCCGACGAGCACGUUAACGCGUAUGUCGAAGAGUCACUGACCGAUUUCUACAAAUUUGACGAAAUUCUCAGGCAAGACAGGUCGACGUGUGCGAGGAAAAUGAUAUGUCAAAUCGCGGCUACGCCUGAAAAUCAGCUCAACCAAGUGGAGACCAAUCUGCUCAAACUGCUCAGCCCCACCGAACACUUUGGCGAAAACAUGGCAAAGAACAUAUUCCGAAAGGCCAUGGACCUGGGACGGAGUAAAAAGGACGUGAAGGCGUGUCAUUCAGAGUAUAAAAAAUGCAGAUUCAACACAAGACAAAUGUUUAAAUUAUUCACUUCGUUCAUGUGACCCGGACUCAUCAUUCUGCGCCCGUUUAUUUUCUGUCGAUUUGAUGUGAGCCUGUAAAUUAUGUGCCAAAUACGUGUAUUAUUACUAUUAUUUUUAUUAUUAUUAUUAUUAAUAUUGUUUUUAUUGUUAUUAACUAAUUUGACAGUUAAGUGUGUAUUAUGUAAGCAUAUAUUAUGUAUAUUAUUAGCAAAGCUGGGCAAGUUAGUCAUUUUUUUUAACCAAAUAAAGUUAGGUUAAUCAUCAUAAAAUCAAUAAAAUUAGAUUUAAAGUUGUUAUAAUAUCUUACACUUUUUUCUUAAAGUUUUCAAAGAUAGUAAAUUGGAAAUUAGUUGGUAUAACUAUUUAAGCUACAUAAAAGUAUAAAUAUGUAGGUACCUAUAACUAGACAUAAGUGCUUAAAAAAUGUGAAAAAAAACAAUUUGAAAUAAGAAAUUAACCCAAGUCAUAUGUAAUUAGUUAUAAAACUGAAAAAAAAAUAUUUUUAUUUUUAGUUUUAACGCAUUAAUUCACAGUUCAGUGUAUUAUACUCUAAAGUGAUGUUAGAAAAUUAUUUAGUAGUUAAUCUUACUGAUUAAGUUAUAAAGUUACCAACAAAGUAACUAUGAUGGUAUUUAAUUAGUUAGUGCUCAGCUUUGAAUAUUGAUCGUAUACUUUAUAUACCCACGUCUAGAUGUAAUUAUCGUUGUCAUUAUUACUAUAUUUUGCUAUUGUUAUUGUCAUCGUUAUAUGUAUAGUGGACGUGGCGCCAUAUAUAUUAUUAUCAUUAUUGUUAUAUUAUAAAACAAUGUUUGGUUAGGUAUUGCACGAAUAUAAAUAUACAUUUUUU